CAGCGGUGUAUAAAUACUGGAGGAGUGUCUUGCGAGUGCCCGCCGCGUCGUCCAGCAUGGCGUCCCCCCUAGUCACAACGACGGACACGCCCGCCAUCAAGAACGCCCCCGUCGUCGGCCUCGCAGAGGGCAACGGCUCCUUCAGCAAUGUCCACCUCGCCGCCCUCGUCCUCGGCGUGCCCUGGCUCGUCAAGCGCAUGCUGCCCAUCGUCAACCGCGGCGGCUUCAAGACGUACCUCUUCCUCGUCCUGCUCCUCGGCGUCCCCGUCACGUUUGCGUACUGGACCCUCAUGAGCAUGUACGGCCCGCGCAAGAACACCAAGGUCGCGCUCCCCGGCAAGGACAUCGAGCAGUACAUCACCAUCAAGGACGCCGAGCUCCGCGACAAGUUCCACGGCAAGGAGAAGAUCCCCAUGCAGGUCUUCCACGACGCGUACUUUGACGGCAAGAUCGAGUUCAACGGCGACGUCCUCGAUAUCCUCGAACAGCGCCACGACUGGGCCAAGAUGGUCUUCACGCCCGAGCUCUUCAAAUUCGUCCUGUGCAACCUCAUCCCCGACGUGGUCUUCCACAAGCGCAGCCAGGACGAGGAGCAGAUCCGUGACAACUACGACCGCGGCGACGACUUCUACGAAUGGUUCCUCGGCCCGCGCAUGAUCUACACCUCCGGCAUCGUCAGCACCCUCGACGAGGAGGAGUCCCUCGAGCAGCUGCAGGACAACAAACUGACCGUCGUCUGCGAGAAGCUCGGGCUCACUCCCAGCGACCGUGUGCUCGACAUCGGCUGUGGCUGGGGGACCCUCGCCGCCUUCGCCGCGAAGAACUACGACUGUGCUUCCGUCACCGGCGUCACGCUCAGUCGCAACCAGGCAAAAUUCGGCAACGACCGCAUCCAGAAGAAUGGCGGUGAUCCCGCGCGCCACAAGAUCUUGUGCCUCGACUACCGCGACAUCCCCGGCGAAGAGGGCACGUAUACCAAGAUCGUCAGUCUCGAGAUGGCCGAGCAUGUCGGCAUUCGGCGCUACCAGACCUUCCUCAAGCAGAUCUACAACCUCCUCGCCGACGACGGCGUCUUCUUCCUCCAGGUCGCCGGUCUGCGCCCCCACUGGCAGUACGAAGACCUCAUCUGGGGCUUGUUCAUGAACAAGUACAUAUUCCCCGGCGCCGACGCGUCCUGCUCGCUGGGCUGGGUCGUGAGUCAGGUCGAGAGCGCCGGGUUCGAGGUGAAGAACAUCGACGUGCUCGGCGUGCACUACAGCGCGACGAUCUGGCGGUGGUACAAGAACUGGCUCGCGAACAAGGACAAGGUCGUCGCGGCCUACGGCGAGCGGUGGUACAGGAUCUGGGUCUUCUUCCUCGCGUACUCGGUCAUCAUCGCCCGCAACGGAGGCUCGUCCCUCUUCCAGCUGACGCUCCACAAGAACCUCAACGCGUACCCGCGCAUCCACGGGCUUCGCAACCACAACUCAAUCCGCGUCAACCCUUCGCGGGUAAUCUCGCCGGCCGAGUAAAAGCGCACUGUGCUCCGGGUGGCGAGACUCCUCGCGGUUACGUUAGUACAGAUAGAAAUUUGCCCGACAUGUAUGCAUGUCGCCCACGGGCCUAAUAUCCUUUGCACUGCUGUCCGUUGCGUCGAAGCCGGCCAAGUGGCGAUUGUCAAACAGAAGUUGUCGCUCGCGAAAGCUGUCUUUGCUAACCGGCCCGU